AUGCCCCUCCCCGCCCGCACAGCAUCGCUCUCGCGAGUCACCAACGAGACCAAGAUCCAAGUCUCUCUCUCCCUCGAUGGCGGCGUCCUCCCUCCCUACGAACCAUCGCAGCACUUCCCUGCCCCCUCCGACCCCGAGGAGGCCGAAGCCGCAAAGACCGGCAUUGUUCCGCCCAAGUGUGCAGCGCACGCAACCCAGUUCACACCCACGCAACAGAUUACUGUCAGUACUGGCAUUGGCUUCCUAGACCACAUGCUGCAUGCGCUGGCGAAGCACUCGGGAUGGAGCUUGGCCAUUAGGGCCAAGGGAGAUCUAUAUAUCGACGACCAUCACACAACGGAAGACACCUUCCUCGCUCUCGGCUCUGCAUUUACCUCCGCGUUGGGUGCCCGACAAUCGCUCGCGCGCUUCGGCCGCGGCGACGCACCCCUCGAUGAGGCCCUCUCAUGGGCCGUGAUCGAUCUCUCCAGCCGGCCAUGGGCAGUCAUCGACCUUGGGUUUCGCCGUGAAAAGAUUGGCGACCUCAGCACGGAAAUGAUCACACACGGCCUGCAAAGCUUUGCGCAGGCUGCAGGCGUGACGCUGCAUGUGGGCUGCACGUAUGGCGACAAUGACCACCACCGCGCAGAGAGCGCAUUCAAGGCAUUGGCUGUUGCUAUCCGGACGGCUUGCGCGAGGCGCGUCGAAGGUGAGGUUGGGGCUGGUGAUAUCGUUAGCACGAAGGGUGUCUUGUGA